CUACGAGUCACCUAUUCAUCCGAGUUACACUCAAAUAUGCGACGACCCGAAAUGUGAGAACCGAAUCUUCGCGUCCCUGAAUCUGAAUUUUAUCUUCUUUCCUCUAUCUCUAUAUAUGGACAGCUGUCUUCUCUUUCUUUAUUCAUUUCCUUGUUCAUCUGGGCAAUGUUAGAAACCAAAAUAGGCAAUAAUUUAGGAGGAAAUAAGAGAUAGAAACAAAAAGGAAGGAAAGAAAAUGGAGUUGAGCUUGGAUUUGAGCUUGGUCUAUGUACCCAAAACGAUUAGUGAGUAUCUUAGAGAGGUUUCCAAGGUUGAAGAUAAUAAUCAGAAAUUAUCAAAGCUUGAUGAUUAUGUGAAGAAAUUAGAAGAGGAGAUGAGAAAGAUUGAUGCUUUUAAACGUGAGCUGCCUCUUUGCAUGCUUCUCUUGAACGAUGCUAUUGUGAGGUUGAAGGAGGAGGCAAUGCAGUGUAGGGAAUUAGAGGAUCGAGCUGGGACAGUGGUGGUUGUACAGAAUUCUGGAGCAGAUACAGGGAGAAACAUAGGAAAUGAUAUGAGUGAUAAGAAGAACUGGAUGAGCUCUGUUCAACUUUGGAGUACUAACGAUAUUAACUCUGAUUCUAAGCAGCAUGACUCAAAAUCAGAAACUAAACAGAGAAGUGAAGAAGAAGAUGAUCGCUCGACUUGUGAGAACCCAAUUCAGUUGUGUAAUUACAGAAGCAAAGGAGGGGCAUUUAUGCCGUUUAAGUCACUUUCUGUGUUUGAAGGGACAGGAAGGAAGGAGGAGAAGGAGGUUGUCUCGCAAGGUACCGGACUCUCUAUUCUGACUCCAGUAUCUGAAUUGGGUUCCGGUAAUUUGAUGUCAAAAAGCAACGGCAAUAUUCAAAUGAAGAUACAGAAUAAACCCCAACCGCAGCAGCAGCCUUCUUACAAGAAACAGAGGCGGUGCUGGUCGCCGGAGCUUCACCGGCGCUUUGUUGAUGCCCUUCAACAACUUGGUGGAUCUCAAGUGGCCACUCCCAAACAGAUAAGAGAGCUUAUGCAAGUGGAUGGCCUCACCAAUGACGAAGUUAAGAGUCACUUGCAAAAAUACAGGCUUCAUAUCCGUAAACUUCCUGCUUCUUCAGCUCCUCAAGCAAAUGACUUAUGGAUGGCUCAAGAUCAAUGCAAAGAUCCAUCAAAAUCAACUAUUUCAGAGUCUAAUUCUCCUAAAGGACCCUUCCAUGGAUCUGGAUCUGCCAAAGAUAUCUCUAGUACUGGAGGCAACAGCAUAGAAGUGGAAGAUGAUGACGAAUCGGAGAGCCAUAGUUGAACCGGUAGGCUGCAAAAUGCAGGAGAAGUUGAUGUAUAGCAGUAACUAAACUGAUUCUGAUACCCAUGAAUUUUGCAGCUACAAGUAUACAUGGGCAAUCAGGUUGUAAAAAUAAGAAUAAUGAAGUUGACAGGUAUAAGAUUCAAGAUUGGAGUUAAAUUUUUUCUUCUUUAACUAAGAGAUGAUAGACUAAAUCUCGAAAAAGGAUCAUGUAGUCGACCCCAACUAGGUUGGGAUUAAGACUUCUUGUUGUUUUUUAACUAAGAGAUGCUAUAUACAUCAAAGAGGAUAUAAUAGAUUCUGCGGAUAUUUAUGGGUGGGGUUUAGAUUUUCUCCAAUCUUGAGUUCUGUCUUCCUAUCUGAUCUUUGUUGUUCAUCAGUUCAUGUAAUGCAUAUUAAUGGAUUCUAGGAUGUUUCAUC